AUCGUUGAAAAAAGUAUCGAUUUAUAUCGAAGAAUCGAUAGUAUUGCAGAAACACUAGUAGUAAUAGAAACAGGGCAACGGUUUUAUGUUGGAUUCAAUGAAACUCUAACUGAUCAUAUUCAUCAGUCAACAGUUGAUAUUCAGUUUAAUUCAACUAAAGAUACUGUGAUACCAAUUUCAUGGAUGAAGUAUGCAAGACAAGGAAUCAACUAUGAACAAGUAGAUGACUUGGGAUCUGGUUCAAGCUUUACUUCAACAACAAAUGGAUGUGCGGUUCGAUCGAGCAAUCGAAAUGAAUCAAUCAAUUUUGUAAGCUUAAGCUUGCAAGAAUUUUUCGGAAAAGCCUGGAUUUUUAGAUACACAAACGAAAUCUUAUUCUCAAUCAAAUAUCAACACAGAGACCAGAUAAUCACGCAUGAAAUGGAGUUUAAUAAACAAAUUGGAAACUUUUCAUACGAUUUAGUGAGCACAACGCUCAAGGUGGCUAGAAGGGUACCUUAUUUUCCUGAAAGAAUCACUUUUUACAUCAUUUUCAAGCCUAGAAAUAUCUCAUCAGAUCUGGUCUUGCAAAAUCUCCAAGUUGAACGUAAACUUUAUAACAAGGAAAAUUUAUGUUUAGAAACUCAAUUUCAGUAAAAUUAUCAGCUGUAAUGACAUUAGCCAUGGAUGCAUUGGAAUAACUCUUGAUCAACCUUUGCCUGAUGAAAAGGAAAAUGGCUCAAAUUGUGUUUUAUACAACAAUUUGGAUAAAGUAUUGUAUAAACAAGUUCAAGAGCCAUCAUUAAGAGAACUGAAAAUGUCAUACAAACAUCUAAAUCAAACAACGCUUUCCAGUGCUGAACUAAA